AGAAAAGCAAAAAAGAAGGGUGUAAUAUCUCCUUCUUCGAUCAAAAGCAACUUCCUCUUAUAGCACUGUGAUGAUUGCCUUCCUUUAAAAGCUUCUCCAUGGCUCCAUCAGAAUUUAGAGUGUGUGUGAAAGAUCAAUGCAUUGUGAUAGCAGAUAUUGAUUUGGAUAUUUACUUCACCAAAGAUCUGUAUGAAGAUGUUAUUUUAAAAGCUAAAGAACAGAAUGUUAGUCUUCCCAGGUUUCUUGGUUUUACAUACCAUCCUCCCAAUAAAGAAAUUCAGAAACUGCCAUUAGCUUCUGAUUUAGAUUGGAUAAAGAUGAUUGAGGUUUGGGGUGUAGUUUCUUCAACUUACAUUCCCUUAUAUGUGAUUGAGCUGCAAGAGCCUAGUUCAUUACAAAAAAUGGCUGAGAAACUUGAUUCCAGUACCCAAAAUUUUAAUGAGGGCAGUGACAGUGAAGUUGAGUUUUGGGUUGACAAUUUGCUUGUAACACCAACAAGUUGUAGUGACAUUCUUGAAACUGAACUAAAUACUGGUUACAAAUCUAAGUUAAAUGUGAGGAGGCAAAUCAAUAGGAGGACUGAAGUGCAGCUCCAACCAUCUCUCUUACACCCUGAAGAUGUAUCCAUUACUGAUUCCUCUCCACAGGUCUCACCGAUUACUGCAAGACCUGAUAAAAGCCCUCGAGAGGAGUUUGUCAAUGAUGAGAUACUUAAAAACAAGAAAACAAAGCAUGUGGGGGGAGAAAGAAAACUAUUUGAGAGGACUGAAUUUAAUGUGAAACUCUUGACAAAGGAAUUGAAAGGCCUAGAAGCUUAUGACAUUUCAGCCCUGAGUAAACCCCAAAUUCCUCCAGAAGUUCCUUAGAUGUAUUCUUUGAAGAGCCUGUUCUGCCAUCUCAAAGUGAAGGUCUAAAUCGGGAUGGUUUGUAGACUUUAAAUGUUUCUUCUUUCUCUUUGUGACUGGUUUGAACUGGAUUGUGUAUUGGCUUGCAUUUCUCUAAUUGAACAUCCCUUAUUACUCCGUAUUAAAAAGACAUUUUUUUC